AUGAUACAAGGUUAUGGUCCAGUCAUGCAAGCUUUUUUUGGCACCCUCAUAACAUGGGGCCUAACAGCUGCAGGAGCAGCUCUAGUUAUAUUCAUUAAAGGAUCCCAGAGGAGAUUAUUGGAUGCUAGCCUAGGGUUUGCUGCUGGAGUGAUGACUGCAGCAUCAUUUUGGUCCCUUCUGGCUCCUGCUAUUGAGCAAGCUUCUGAAUCAACACUUUAUGGAGAAAAUGGAGAAUAUGCCUUUUUACCUGUUGCCUUUGGGUUUUUACUUGGUGCCUUAUUUGUAUUUGGAGCAGAUAGAUUGAUAACCAAGUUAGGAAUUCAUUCUCCUAAUAUGAUGUUAGGCACACAAAAGCUAGUAUCCUCAGAGACUGGUAGUGUGCAGGUUAGGCCCAUAACACCAAGAAAAGCUGAAGAACAAAAAGAAGAAGAAGCAAUCAGGGUCAAAUCCACUAAGGUUAAGGAUUCCCAUGGCAACAAAAAUGACAAAAUAAAUAGAGACAGAACUCGAACUCAAAAUCAUGUUCAAACUCAACAAUACAUUAAACCAAGUGAUAUAAAUUCUGCAAUCAAAUCAGCAAACGAAGCAGCCAUAAUGAGAGAAAUUCUAGAACUGGGAAAUAACCAACCUCCCUCUGAUGAAAGUACAAAGGAUGGAGGAAACUGGGAAACCAGAAGAACAAAGAAACGUCGAAGAUUCAUAAUAGGAGGAAAUGAGGAAAAUACUGGAAUUGAGGCAGUUCCUAAAUAUUCUACCCUACAUGUGACAAGGCUGAAGCCAGACACAAAGCCAGAAGACCUGGAAAAAUUAUUGAAGGAGCGAUUCCCUGAGGUUCGCUGUGAACAGCAUGCAUCAAAACGACCUGAUCUAUAUGCAACUGUUAAAGUAACAAUCAGGAAAGAACACUACAGAGAGGCGUGGAAAAAGGAAGUCUGGCCAAUUGGUGCCCUGGUUUCAAAUUUUUUCUUCCCAAGGAGGAUGCCACAAGUAAAUGCAUAA